AGAAAACCUCUGAUUUAGAUUCGAAUAGAAAAUCAAUAUCGAUUGAUGAUGAAAUGAAUAAACUUUUGUUUGGGUUUUGAUUUUGUUUUGAUGAUGAAGAAAAAUCAUGACAUGUCAAUUGACGAACUAAAUCAGAAGUUUUAUGAAUAUCUCGAAGAGAUUAUGUAUUCAAGUGUCAAUAUUGAUGAUCCUUAUGAUCGCGUAACUGUAAUGCAAUGGAUAAGAAAGUUAAGAAGUUUAGAUGCCAAAUUGUUGACAGAUGUAAUGAUAAGAAAUGAAUAUGCAAAUUACUUACGAAUAACUUUAGACAAUGCGAAAAUAUUUUUGUCUGCGCCUUUUAAAGAAGCUCCGCCAGAAGGUAAUUUAAGACCGUUGUGUGAAAUAUUGGCUAAUUUUGUAGCAGCUAAAUGCCCACCAAUUCCUAUGACAGGGCCGAUUGAACCCAUCAUGUCACAAAUGUCCAACGAUGGAAAAGUUUUUACCAAAGUUAAGCAAUCUCCUGAUGGUGGAAUUUUGUGUUACAUUGCUGUAACCCCAGACGGAUUUGGGGAAAAUCCAACAAAAUAAAGAGAAGAUAACAAAGAUG